CCUCCGCGGAAUCCCACUUCUACCCUUCCUCCCCUCCGCCCCCUUCUCCUCUCCAUGGCCUCCUCCUCCUCACCCUCCCCGCCUCUCGCCUCUCCCUCCCGGACAAACCCUAACCCUCACGCCGGCGCAGAUCCUCGAUCUGAUCCCUCCAUGCCCGCCGCCAGCGACGGCGACGGAGCCUCCCCCGCGUCGACGGAGCUGCAGGAGGAGGCCGAGCUGGCCGCGCCGGGGAAGGAGGAGCUGGAGCCCCCUACACCUGCCGAGGAGACCCCAACCCCUAGGAAGACACGCCUGCCGCGCGCCUGCAACAGCAAGCCGAGGCUCCCACCCCCGCCGCCGCUAGAACGGCUGCGUCGCCGAGCUGCAGCGGGUGCCGACGCGGACGUGACGCCGCAAUGCCGCGUGGUGACGCCGCUUGUGUCGGAGCCCGAAGCGCCCGCGGAGCUGGCACGGUGGCGACUCCGCUGUAUGUGGGAGCUCGGCUCCGUCCUCAACUUCUUCCACGUGUUCCGCGCUUUGCUCAACAUCACGGUGGAGCUCACGGCAGAGGAUAUCGAGGCGGCACUUAUCACGCCUAACGGUACUCUAUACGAUCUUCACAUGCCGCUGCUAAAGUCAAUUCCCCCAAUAACCCGCAUGGCGAUGGGGCGCGGAACCUGGGUAACCGUCCUAUGUAGAAAACUAAGGGAUUGGUGGCAUUGGGUUGCAGAAGGUGAUCUACCAAUAGUUGCAUCACAUGGAGCUGAAAUUGAAAUGUACAAGGAGCUUGAACCAUCGACUCGUUUACUGAUCUUGAAAGCGAUAUGUGACAUACGUGUCGAGCAAGAUGAUAUACGCAACUACAUUGACACUAACGUAAAGCGUGGUUAUGACCUUUCUACCUUCCGUAAAGAACGAAUUGGGGGAGAUUCCCUUGGAAUCUCAUAUUGGUACGAAGAUGAUCCAAUUCUUGGACAUAGAUUGUAUCGUGAAAUUAGACGAGUGGAACAGAUGAAGAAGGAACCUGGGAAGAGAUCGAAGGGAAGAAGAAUUUCAACUCCUCCAGUUGUGUCGUAUCAUUGGGAAACCGUUGCGUCCACUUUUGAAGAAUUUGAUGAUGUUGCAGAAAAACUAUCUUCUAGUCGGAACAGGACAGAGGUUUCCCUUGGCAAGAAGUUGAAGAUUGAAUAUCUUCCGGAGAUCGAAAAGAUUCAUAAAAAGAAGGAGAAGAUGCUCAAAAAGCAACAGAGAGAAGCUCUCCUCCUCGAUAGUUACUUGACAUCAGAUAUUACCACUGGUCGAUCUCUUCGUGAUAGAAAGCCUGUAACAUAUACUUUUGAUGACUAUGACCGCUCAAUAAACGAAGCCAUUAAAAUAACGAAGUAUGUGGAUCAUCUUUAUUGCUUCAUAAAUUUCCUUUGGAAAAGGGAAAACUCUGCCGAGCUUGUUACUACUCUCAAUAGAAGGAUGCUUAUACCGAGACAAGAGUCAUCAAGUAACGGCAAGUUAAAUGGCCUCUCCCUAGCCAAUGAAUUAGAUGAUGGAAAUUCUUCAAAGUCGGAUGACUACCAAGAUAGUGAUGGGGAACAAGAAAAUGAAGCACUUGAUCGCAGUAACCGGCGCAGGAGAAGAUCUCAGCGAUACACACAAGAUUUUGUUCAGGCUGUCUCGGAUAUUGAUCUGAACUUUGACAGUGAUGAUGAUAUCAUGGGAGAAGCGGUUUAUGAUGAGGAAUAUUUGAGAACUCGCAAACUGCUGAAGACAUCAAGUGCUUCUGAAGAGGAUGAAGAGUUCCGGUUGGAAGAGGAUGUUGAAGAUGACGAUGAAGAAGAGGAAGAGGAGUUUUCUGCAGGCACCAGCGAAGAUAUAGAGGAGCCCCAGCGUCAUAAAAAGUUGCGAAGUCAAAAUGUCCGAGGUGCUAAGCUGAGAUCUGUUGAUGAAAUCCAAACAGGUCUCAGACGCAGCAAGCGUUCUUCUCGUCCACGUAUAAACUACCAGCAGUAUGAUUUUUCAGAUACGGAUGCAGAGGCGGGAAAGGCAGGUAAAUCAGAUGCAUCAGACCCUGAUGCCAACUCUGAUGCAGAAAAUGGUAUGGAACUCUCGACAUCAAGUCAAGGGCAACAGGAAGAAGAGGAUGAUGGCCCCGAGGAACUAAAAGUUAGUAAUGGUAACGAUAAAAUGGCUGAAGACCAUGCAGUGGCAGCAAAUAAAGAGCAAAAGGAGGAGCAGCUGCAACUGCAGCCAGAGUCUGUAGAGAAGAUGGAUGCUCCCAGCAGGGAGAAUGGAAGUGUUGGAAGAACAUUCCUAGAUCUAAACGAGCUUGCGCCUGGAGGUGGCUUUGACGAAGGCCCUAGCCUGGCAAUGAAAGAUGAGGACAUGGAUAACAGUUAGGAAAUGAGUUGUGAUAGAUUCGAGUGUUAGGGAUUGCUGUUUCGAGCAAGGUGUAAAUGCGUGAAGUCAUGGACCAUGACAAUCAAUGGGCCUCUGAUGAGACGUCGUGAUAUUUGGAUGGCUCAGUUUGAUUGUUAGUACAUUGAUGAUGAUUUACAGUGACAAAAGGUGUCGAGACUCCACCUGGAGGGGGGCUUCAGGGACACACAUCCUCAAACAUCAUUUGAGCGCUUGGGAGGGGAUGCCAUGCUGACAAAGUUUACCAUCCGCUUGUGUAAAGUACAUGAUGGCCGCGUGUUGAUCAAUUGCUGCUGUAUUAUGGUUGGAUCGAUUGAUUCUAUCUUGUGGUCGAGAAUGUAGGAUAUAAAUUUUAUUGCCUAGCCUUGGGCAUGCUGCUGCUGUGUGGGGUAUCACAGCAGUAUUUCGCAGGGAGCAAAACUUGUACAAGUGAGUUGUCCGCUGGUCGGCAUCUGAGCUACUCUUUUCCACGUGUAGCAUGUGGCUCGAGUCUAAGCAUGAGCUGUAGGUUUGUAUUUAUAAUAUUGUAUGUGACUACCUGAUUAGCUUGGCAAAAUCUGUGCAGCUGACUUCCA